GCUAAGGUUGAACAUUUCUGGGCUGUAUUUAUUUUGCUCCUAGCGUGGUAGCCUAACCAUUUUUUUUCUCUAGUUUCCUUGGAUUCAUUUGCAAGGCAACUCGUCUUACAAAAACGGUACAAAAUUUGUGUGUAUUUUUAAAAAAAAAUCUCUGUCUGUCUCUCUGUUGAAUAUUUUAUGCAAACAUAUUCUGUUAAGAGUUGCAAUUAAGAGCAACUAUUCGAUCUUAAGGGCAAAUCAUUUUAAUUCCGCCUAAAUUACAACUGACGAUCAUACACAUAAACUACAUCUGUUGUUUUACUAGUAGUAUUCUUUCUUUUUCCAUGCGCGCGUGGUCGCUUCCUACUUUAUGCUUGUAUGCUGUGCUCUCGAUGAUCAUUGAUACAGGUUUCAAUUCAAGCUACAUAAUUUAUAACUUGCAGUGAUCUCAAAUACUUGGCUUUUGGGCUGGUAAUCUUUUGAACACAUUCGUCAGUUCAAUUGCCUGAAGUUUACCCUUCAGUAUUAAGUUUUCACAUCUGUUUGGAAUUGCAUCAGCUAUGUGAACCAUUGUGGUGGAAAGCAGUCAUUUCAAGACUUACAUCUGUUUGAUUUGAUCAGUAUCUGCCAUUCAGUGGACCAGCACCGAAGAAAGAAAACAUAUGAAGUGAAAAACAUUGUGAUCUACAAACAAUAUAUCUUAUUGUGACAAACAGAAUACCGGUGGAUAUACAUCAUAGAGAUGGCAAUACUAGCCAUCAACAAAGCUUUGACAUUUAGGAGUAAUAUGUCAGAAUAUAUAUAGAGUAGUCCUAUUGAAAUGGUUGAAAGUGUACAAUAAGAAUUCGUUAAACUGUGUAACCAAUAGCAGAAUAUAUUUUAUGGUUCAGUUAAAAAAAACUUUAUGGAACAUAAAGAAAGAAUACAUUACUGUGUACGCCAUUGUAAAAAAUACCUAAUGGGGAUGCUGAGAAACUGAAUCCUACUUAUUAGAAUAUUACAGUAAUUUAUACCGAGACUUCAAAAGCUUUGCCAUUUCAAUAAGUAACUUUGACAUCAGUAUGUAUGACAGUGAAACAUAUUGAAUUGUGCUGAUGGAAAAACUGAUUCAUGCUUUGUAGAAUAUUACAAUAAGAAACUAUGACAUCAGUAUGUAUGACAGUGAAACAUAUUGAAUUGUGCCAAUAGAAAAAUUAAAUCAUACUAGAACAUUACUGUAAUUAAAAACGUUUGCCACCAUGGAUCAGAACGUCACAAUGCUGGAGGUAAACCCGGCACAGAUGGAAGUCCUUGAGAGUCUGAUGCAGCUGAGGAACGAGGAACCAAACACGCAGGGGGUCGUGUCCGUUCCCAUCCAGGACUCUGAGGAGGCCGUCCAGACGAGCAUCAUCCAGAUGGACGAAGAGGUGGACGCGGCGGAGAACCAGAUGGUGACCAUCGUCCCCAUGGAGGACGUCCAGUCCUCGGACAAGAUGGUCACCUUCAUUGCCGUCGACGAGAUGGGAAACCGCGUCCACCUCCCCGACGAUGUCGUGACCUUUGUGUCGGUGGACGAUGACGGGAACACCAUCCAGUUGGAGUGUAACGACCUCACCGAGGAGCAGAUGCAGGUCAUCCAGGUGGGCAUGGACCUGGAGGCCGCACAGCAAGAAGGAGCCAAGAUGAACAUCAUGCAGGGCUCCGUGGAGUCUAUCGAGGUCUACAAGUGUGACCUGUGUCGCCAGGUGUUCACCAAGAGGACCGACUGGGAUGACCACGAGUGUCCCGGUCAGCCCGAGGAUGACCAGGAGGCCUUGCUCCAGCCACUCGCCAUCCAGCUGGAGCAGCGGAGUCACGUGGUCAUCAAGGAGGAGGAUGACUCGACCUUGGAAUGCAACCUCUGUCGCAGGACGUUUGCGCUGAGGGAAAACUGGGAGCAGCACAUGCUGUCACAUUUGGAUAAGAUUGAGGCCAGGCCCAACUCGGAGCUAGAGAUGAAGCAGUUGUCGAUUGUGGAUUCCGGCAGCAAUGCGAUCGUGUUGUCGGCAAAGACUGGGGAUGUGGAAUAUCGGUGCGAUGCCUGCGGGAAGAGAUACCAGGAGAAGAGCGAACUGGAGAAGCAUCUGGUGACGCACAUCGUCGACAAGUUCUACGAGUGUCCGAUCUGCAGCAACGCCUUCGCGACCAAGUUCAGUCUGAGGAAACACGUCAUCAACCACCUGAAGGGUAAAGGCAAACCAUUCAAGUGCGAACUCUGCGAGAAGGCAUUCAACCAGAAAGUUAACCUGCGCGCCCACAUGUCCGUACACACCGGGCUGAGAGAGUUCAAGUGCCACAUCUGUCAUAAAGAGUUCUCGCUGAAGGGAAACCUCAACAAGCACAUUAGAAUUCACACAGACGAGAGGCCCUUCAAGUGUAACAUCUGUGGUCGGUCGUUUAAAGUGAAGGAGUAUCUGAUACAGCACCGACUGACUCACUCCAACGAGCUCCCGUUCGCCUGUGGACAGUGUGGCAGAAGGUUCAAGCUGCAGGAGUAUGCCGACAGACACACGCUGAAGUGUGACGGAACGCGGACGUCCAUCUGCGAACAGUGCGGCAUGACGUAUGCAACGCGGGGAGACCUGAACCGCCACAUCGAUGAGGUGCAUCCCGAAAUGAAGCCGUACCAGUGUGGCAACUGCAGCAAGCGGUUCAAGCUCAAGAGCUACUUGCAGCAGCACGAGCUAUCGCACUCCUCGGGCAGAAACUGGGUGUGCGGGGUCUGCAAGAAGGAUUUUAAGUGUCGCCACUCGCUCCGCCAGCACCUGAUGUGGCACACGAGGCAGGAGAAGAACGAGAAGUUCACGUGCGAGGUCUGCGGAAAGGAGAUCCAGUACGAGCUGAACAUGAAGCGCCACAUGCUGUUGCACUCCGGGAACAUGCCGUUCUCAUGCGAGGUAUGCUCGCGGGGCUUCCCUGACUCGUCCCACCUCCGCCGCCACAUGAUGAGGCACCUAGGGGAGAAGCCCCACAAGUGUGAGCUAUGUGGUAAAGGUUUCUACACCACCACCCACCUCAAACGACACGUGAAGACCCAUUCUUCGCUGCUGAAACCCUUCGCUUGUUCCAUCUGUGGGAAAGGGUUUGUCACAGAAGAAAAGAUGCAGCGCCAUUUUGAGACUCAUUACGGUGCCGUUAAAGGCAGGUUCAAGUGCAGGUACUGCGACAAGGCGUGCAACAAGAGGUCGGAUCUGUCCCGACACACUCUGAUUCACACGGGAGAAAAACCGUACAAGUGUGAUGUGUGCGGCAUGGCGUUCAGAACCUCGACUCAUCGGAAGCGCCACCUCCUGACACACACCACAGAAAAACCGUUCAAAUGCAGCGAGUGCCAUAAAGCCUUCAAGUCUCGGGAUGUCCUGAAGAAGCACGAAGCUAUCCACAAGGAGGGAAAAUCUGGCUGGAAGAAAUACUGUCCUGUAUGUGGCAAAGGCUUCAAGUUUGUCUUCAAGCUGAGGGAGCAUGAAAAGCUUGGCUGCAAAAAUGACGUUGCUGAAAACAGAGCCAAAAAUUCUGAGACCGUGGAAGAAAAAAUGAAAAAAGAAGAACAGGCUCGUCCUCACAAAUGUGCCAUGUGCAACCGAAGUUUCAAAUCACUGGUUCAUCUCGGUCGACAUGAGGCAACACACAAGGAGGAUGAAGGGGAUUCCACCUUACUGAAUGAUGAUGAUGAUGAUGAUGCAGCAGUUGAGGAGAUGGAUGAACAGGAGAAUGAACUGCAGUGCAAGUUGUGCAGCAGACAGUUCGAGGACAGUUCCGGGCUGGAGAAGCACAAGUCGUACUGUAAGGUGAAACCAAUGGAGGCGACCACCAUAAACUACAUCAACAAGAAGAAGAUGAAGGUGAAGGGCAACCAGUGCAGCCUGUGUGGGAAGGUGUUCGUAAAGGGCUCCCAUGCACUGAAGCAGCACAUCUCUCUGAUGCACACUGUCAAAGACUUUGCUGAUGCCAACAGUCCCGUUCCGGACUCCUUUUACAAGUGUAAGGAGUGUGGAAAGCUCUUUGCUCAGCCUGCCAACUGGAAGAAGCAUCUCUUGACUCACAAGGAGGAAGGAGAGGUUUCGGUUAGCGAAUCUGCCAAAGCUGAAGGCGGAGAUAGUUCGGAUAAGCCACACAAGUGUGGAUUCUGUUCCAUUUCAUUCCGUGAGUCCACGAAUCUCGUAAAACAUCUUCUGGCUCUUCAUUAUAAGAAACCGGCUGAUAGUACCAUUCCCGGAGCAUUUACUGCAGAGGUUUCGGAAGUCAACCUAGAAGCUGAAGAGGGAAAAGAAUCUGAGGCUGGUGAGGGAAAGGAUAAAACUGCAGCCGAGUCUGAUAAUGUUGGUGCUGGUGAUGAGAACCAGGACAAGCCGUACAAGUGUGACAAAUGUCCAAAACAGUUCGGACAUAUAACAUUCCUAAACAAGCACAUUCUAGCUCAACAUCCACAAGGCAAGGAAAAGAGUAGCAAGCCCGAAGCCAGUAAGAAGACAGCAUCUGAAUAUUCAUCCACUGAGUUUCCAUUUAGUUGCAAUGACUGUGGUGCGAAGAUUCGAAAUCCCACAGCACUGAGCAAGCACAAGGAGUCUCUGUGUCAGAGCAAGAAUAGUUGUGAGGAGGGGUCGCCUUGCAAAAGUCCUGAACGCAGAACGAACAAACAUGGCUGCAACAUCUGCGACAGUGUACUUCCCAGCACCGCUGCUCUGUUGAAACACAUGAGGAAGACUCACAAACACAUCAAGUUCCCUUGCUUCAUGUGCGGUAAAGGCUAUCCCAAAGAGACCGGCUUAAAACAGCACAUCACGCUUAAACACGGUGAACCCAAAACACCAAGGACCCCUAAGCCUGCAACAGUCAUUGUACCAGAACCAGAAUCCAGAGAAAGGAAAUUCACCUGCGACCACUGUCACAAGAGCUUUAGAACGGAAUCGCAGCUUAAGCGACACAUACCGACGCACAAGGCCGACCACACAGACUUCAUCACUGACAUCAAGAAGGAGCCGUCCUCACCUGUUCCGGCCGCCUACAGCUGUGAAUCCUGCGAGGAAACUUUCCACCUGCAUUCCGAGUUGAGGAGCCACAUGUUGGCGAUCCAUGUUAACGAUGAUGAUGACUCAGAUGAUGACCCAUCGUCUGUUGAGGAAUAUGGCAGUGAGAAAGACUUCGAGAUCGUCCGUGGAGGUGGCCAGACGGAGCUGUCUAUAGCUGUAGAAAAGUUGCCCGUCUGCCGUGUCUGUGACGAAUGGUUCUCUUUGCCGUCUGAUUUGAGUUCCCACAUGGCUUCAGUUCAUGGAGAAGAAGAUGCCCAGAAACUCGCCAACAUUGAUGCCGAGUCCAUUAGCGAACCCACAGACGAUCCUCAGGUUUUUGCUUGUCAGUACUGUGAUGCUACUUUCUCGACCCGCUUCAAGGUGAACAGGCACGAGGCUGCUAAACAUGAAGAUGAAAAAAUGGCAACACCUGCUCGUACUCGAUCUCAGCAGUCAACCCCGGGUCAGAACAAAUCCAAGUUGUCAACGCCUGUUCAAAAACAGUCGAAACCUGAGGACAUUCAGUUGACAUCAACUCCACCUUUACGAAGUCAAUCUAAGUCUUCGACACCUUCCAAUUCAGCCACACCGAUGCAAAAGGAAUCUAAAUUAUCAACACCAAAAUCCACAAGAUCAACACCCAUUGAAAAGUCCACAAAAUCCACACCUGUUCAAAAGUCCACUAAAUCAACACCUGUUCAAAAGACCACUAAAUCAACACCUGUUCAAAAAUCCACAAGAUCAACAUCUUCUCAAAUGUCCACAGCGUCAGCACCUGUUGAAAAGCAAUCAAAGUCAUCCAGUCCCGCCGAUACAUCCAGGAGUGGUGAAAGGUCGUUCCGGUGUUGUGCAUGCAAGAGAGAAUUCAGAACCGUAUCACAGCUUAAUCGACACGAGCGCACUCAUGAAAGGGAAGACGAUGAUGUUGGCUUGUCCUUCAAGUGCGAAACAUGUGGAAAAGCCUUUGCCAAGUCUCUACACCUGAAGAAACACAUGUCCUGUCACAGUCCAAGUGACGUCAAAUGUGAAGAGGAAGCCGUAAAAGCCUCUCCUAGAAGGACAACCAGAAAGAUGUCCAAUGAGAUUGUAUCGGAUUCAGACUCUACGAGAAGGUCACCCAGACGAACAGCUACUCCACCACCUUCACCCAUGAAGAAAGAAGUGAAACAACAUUCAAAGAAUCUUCCUGAUAAACUGGUGAGUGUGAAUGCAAACAAAUGCAACAUUUGUAGUAAACUGUUCACCAGUAUCGUGAACGUGAAACUUCAUUUGAUAAAAGUCCACAAUAAGAAGGAAUCGGAGGUGGUCCUGCACAAGUGUAGUAUCUGUAAAAAAAAACUUGGUACGUUUUGGGACCUGAAGAAGCAUAAGCUUACCAGGCAUCGCAAGAGACCCGUGGAAAGUGAGAUCAUGAAAGAAAAGAUUUCUGAGAAGAUAAAGAAGUCGAUAUAUACUCCUAGUGGUGAACGAAUCACCAAGUGUGAUGUGUGUGGUGGGUGGUUUCCUGACAUUAAACUUCACAUGGAGAGCCACGAGCAAAAAGAAACUUCAACAUCAAGCAAGGAUUGGGAAGAUGAAUCGACUGAUUCUAAGAAAACACUUGCUUGUAACAUUUGUGGUAAAAGUUUCGCCAAAGCUAUAAAUUUAAAAAUGCAUAAAAUGGUGCACAAAACAAAGAAAGGUGGUGCCAGCCAAACUCCAUCUGCAAAAUCAGGAAACACGGUUGCUGUAGAAAAUAUACAUGAAUGUGCUAUAUGUGGUAAAGAAUUUUUGAAAUCUUCCUCACUCAAAGUCCAUGUGGAUAUGAAACACGGGGAGUAUCACGAAAAACUCGACGAGUUGAAAACAAACGUGGAAUUGGAUCACCUUGACCCUACAGUUGUGAACACAUGCGAAUACUGUCAGAACGAUUUUCCAGAACUGUCUGCAUGGUAUACCCACAAACUGACACAGUGCGGAGAAGGCAUGCCUCAGUGCAUAUGCUGUGAUAAAAUGUUCAAGAAGACCUGGAAUCUGAAGAUUCACUACUUCAGGGUACACAACAUUCGAACUGCGGCAGACAUCAUGGAACAAGGUUCGUCGCGGCUCGCAGUGGAGCACACCUACUGCCGCGAGAGUGGCAUGGAAGCGAUGCAGUGUCCUCACUGUCCUAAGAAAUUCACAGCACAGCAGAGGCUGAGGCAGCACCUGAAGACGCACAAAAGAAAAGGCGGAGUCUCCGAUACAAAAUCUCAAGAAGCAAUGGAUGUCGCAGAGGAUGACGAUGCCGUCCCGAGCUCACAAGAGACCAGCGAAACACUGGAUGAGAUCAGCAUCACUCUGCCAGAACAUCCAGCUCCGGAUCCUGUAGAAGGAGAUGAUGAUGCUACAGCAGUGGAUUCAGGGUCUCAACCCAUGGAGGUUUCAAACACGGUGACUAAUGAAUUGGAUGUUCCCAGUGAUAGCUUUAUUGUGACGUUGAAUGAUGAGGACAGGAAAAGUGAUGCCGAUUCUUCAGCCAAAGCCUCUGUGACCAACACUGAAGGUGAUUCCUCUACAGCAGCUUCUGAAGGUCUUUCUGUUGAAGCUACAGAUCCUAAUGAAAGCUCAUCUAGUCUUGCCACAGAAUUUGUAGAGAUGACCACUGAGCAAGCUGUGGUAAAUAUGGAAAAUUCCACUUUUAUCGAGGAACAAACUGGUCAAACGCUUGAUGCUGAAACUGUGAUUGGAGUGAUAGCUUCUGAUGCUGAUAUCAAUGACACCUCUGCUCCUCUCAGUGCAGAAAUGACAUACGACGACAUGGAAGACAGAACAGUCGAUACUCAGACUGAAGGUAAUAUCGUUGAUACAGCGUACACAGUAGUAGAAGCAAUAACAGGCGAUGUAGACGCGGACGCUGCAGUGUAUGUUGCAAACUGUGGUACAGAAGUGGUCACUUCAGAUGGACUUGGGGUAGAGAUACAGACAGAUGUCGAAUGUGAAUCAUCAGUGACCUACUACGAGGAGACUGUGUCUGAUCCUAACAACCAGAUGUCUGACCAGAAUGAACUGUAUGAACAGGCUCUGUCCCAGCUGAUCGAGGGAGAGAAACGCUACAUGUGCGAGGUCUGUAAUCGGCAGUGUGCGACCACGUGGUCACUGAAGCAACACAUGGAGACGCAUGGCGUGACGGCCAUGACGGAGCAGAGUUUUGCCCACAUGUUGAACUUGGUGCAGACGGGCAACAACGCUCCGUACAAGUGUGAAAUCUGCAGCAGAACCUUCAGUAAGUCAUCCCAGCUCACUAGACACAAAGCUACUCACAAGGAACAGCAGCAAAGUAUAUAGCUCCAAGCAAAUCAAAUCAAAUAAGGAACAGCAACAAAGUGUAUAGCUCCGAGCAAAUGUACUCAUAUGGAACAGUAGCAAAGUGUAUAGUUGUAGCUCAGGUUUCUUGUAUCACUAGUCAUUGCUCUACUUGUUAAGAACAGUCUCGGCUUUGUAAGGAGCAAAACAAGUUGAGUAGAUCUACUCAUAAGGAACAACAGCAAAGCAUGUAGCUCAGAGAAUUUUUAUGAGAUAUACUUGUAGUGGGUCUUCCUAUAUCACUAGUCAUUGCUCUACGUGUGAAGAACAGUCUCUGCUUCGUAAAAAAACCCCAGUAACAUGUUGAAUAAAUCUACUCUAUGUAGCUCACUGGCGUGUAGUUAGUCAUGAUAAUUCAGUUGAUAUAUUAUCUGUUUGUGAAGAACAGACUUCACUUUGAUCAACAACAAAUUGAAUAGAUCUUCUCACAACCUGUCAUAGAACAUUAAUUUUGGUAGGUCUUGUGUAGUUUACUAGCUUGUAGUUAGUCAUGAUAGUUCAGUAGACAUAGAUCUAUUUGUGAAGAACAGACUUCACUUUGAUCAACAAGUUGUAUAGAUCUACUCACGGCCUGUUGUAGAACCACAGCCUAUGGUAGAACUUUGAUACUUCACUAGAAUCAUAGCCUAUGGUAGAAACAUGAUACUUUCUAGACAAAGAUCUAUUUGUAAACAACGGUAAUGGAUGGAAUAGAUCUAGUCAUGUGUUGUAGAACCUUUAUUAGGUCUAGUUCAGUGCCUAUAUUCAUAGCGCCUAUGGUAGAACUUCUGAGUCAAGCUAGUUCGUAGAUUUGUCCUUAAUAAAGAGUAGAUCUACUCGACAACUGAGCUGAGGAAAAUACUGUUUUAGCGCGAGACUUUGGAGCAAAAAUAUUUGAAACAAGUGAUUGAAAGUGCCUUUGUCAGUUCAUAAAAUGAAUAUUUCGCAAACCUUUUUCAGUUACUUCCUACAAGGAUUUGAAGUAAGCUAAGAAAAACAGGAUUUUAAAGUUAUUUUUGUUAUUAAUAUUUUUUAAUCCUGUGUUAAAACUGGCUAUUUUGCUGACAUUGAAAUGGAAAUAUUGGUAUUGUUUAUAAUCUAGACACCCUUAGUUUGGACUGAAAGUGUGUUUCAUUUCAUUGGAACCUUGGGGAAUAAGGCAUGCUAUCCAUUAACACAAUUUCGUGUGCAAUUCUGCUUGUGAGUUUAUUUACAAUGCAAACAUACAGUACCUUUUUCAAAUAUACGUUUCUGUACAUGGGCAUUCUGUGUGCUGGAAAAACUUAUCAAUGAGCAUUCCUCUUCCUCCUCCUCUCCUCCUCCCCCCCCCCCCCCCCCCCCCCCCAUUGUAACACAAAGUAUUUACUAGCGGGUUAAAAGUACUCUUGGACAACAUAAACUUUUGUAUAGUAAUCUGCUUGCGAAAAUCUCAGAUACGGAAAUGGAAAUUUCUGCACAGUGUUAAUGAAAAGAAGGCCUAAGAAUAAACGAGACAGAAGAACAGUUUAUUAGAAAAUUUAUUUAUAGUAUUUGUGUUCACCAUUGCUCUUGCAUGUCUAUACUUUAUCUAUUUGAUGAACAUCACAAAUCUGGAGAGAAAAAAAGAGGAAAUUAUUAUUUACCCUUUGUUGUUCCGUUGACAUGAAACACAUCAAGAAUGGUCAGAAUGAAAGUUAGACAUGAAAUGGAUACAGCAAUUUAGGAAGUUGCUCAACUAUGUGUAUUAUAUUUGUUAAAGAACAAGGUAUAAAGAUGCAAUUUUAUUGUUAAUUGUACUAGUAGGGGUCUGGUAUCUGUGGAUGGAAAUCAUCAUUUCAUCAUUUUGGCUUUGUACACAAUAAGUAUCUUACAUAAUUUGGCUUCAGAUCCAUUUUCGGUUUGUGGUACUUGGUCAAAGCAUUAAUAUUCAUAAACAACCAGUGUCCCAUGCCCAGUGUAUCAAAGGCCAUGGUAUGUACUAUCUGCAUGUAAAGAUCCCUUGCUACUAAUGGAAAACAUUUUGAAGUUGUUUUUGAAGUUAAUUAAUAAAUUUGCUCAAGUGGUAUCAUUAAAAAAAAAAUGGACUUUCAUAAUUAAAAAAUUUCCUUCAGCAAUUAUUUUACAUCAAUUAUUUUACAUCAAUUAUUUUCCAGCAUUUAAAAAACGGUGUCAUGGAUGAGUUCUAGGGAUAUGCACAAUGAACUUAAAAGUGGAACACUAGAAUGAAUUAUUUUAUAUUGUGAAAAAAACUAUUGUGUUAGCUACAUGUAUGUAAUUUUUGAGGGGGUGGGUGGUUAGUUUUUUUUUUUUUUCUUUAUUUAUUAUCUUCUCUUUUUUUUUCUCUUUUUUUUUUAUCAAAUAUGAUAUGUAUUUACUUACUUUCACCUCUGUCAAUUUAUCAUUUAUAUGUUUUAAUUCUUUUUAAAUAUAGAAAAAAUUAUAGUUUUAGUGUAACAAAAUGUAUUUGAAAAUUUGUGCCAUCUUUCCGCUGUAACGUGCAAAAAAAGAUGGCAAGAUGUAUAUUUAUUAAGUAUGAAGUCAAAAUGAUGAUACCGUACAUAUAGCAUGAUGUAGUCCAUUGCUAUCAGUUUAUUUCAACAUUCUGUGUUAUGUGUAUACCUGUACUGUGUGUAAAUCAUGCUGUGUUAACAUCGACAUGUACAUUGUACAGUCAGAUCUGUGUAAAAAGGACACCUGUAAUACCUGUCUACAGAGGGCCUGUCAUAUAUACCCCUGUUGUUCGCAGAGGCAUGAAUUUUUACAUGUGUAUAAAUCUUAUCAGGACCAUACCGAGUCUAAAAUGACUAGGGUGAGAUAGAAUAUAAAAAGGAAAGAAACAUGUUUCUGUUAGCUAUCAUCCAUUUCAUAAUUUGUUUGUUAUUUCGCUAAUGCGAUCACACGUUUCAUUGAGACUGUAUAUAAAUCAUAUUCAGGUAUCCACUUUCAUUGAAGUUAAAACUUUCUGUAUAUGUAGUUAUGUAUAUAAAACUGCUUUCUGGCAUCAUUAUAGAUGUCUGAGAACUGAGAAUGUGCAUGAACAAUUUGUAUGGGUUACAAAUUGAGGUAACCCAUUUAUAGUUAUGUGUAACCCAUCAUGACCACAUAGGUGAUGUCCUAGAAAUGUAAUAUCGAAAAAUGGUUUAGCCAAUUUUCAAAUAUGUCGACUAUUUUCUUAAAAAUUGCUAACAUUUAGUGGUUGAUUUAAGGAAUGUUUUAUUAGCUGAAGAGUCGAAGACUAACAUGUUGUAGCCACUUAGUAUAAAAAAUAGCAGUUGGCUAAUUUGGCAAAGAACAGGGUGAGCCGUGUUAGAAUUAGAUUUGCACAAGCAAUGUCCAAAUUAAAUUAUUGUUCUCACAUUAUGUUGCCCAUUAUGAAAAAGACUUCAUGAAGGCUAUGCAUUAAAUAAUUCUAGUACUACCGGUUACAUUUUGUAUUCCAUUUUGAUUUUAUUAUUUUCUUUACAUUUUAUUUCAUUAUAAUCACGGACCUGGCAUAAACAUUGUGUCAGUUCCAAGUGGCUGCACCUAAUUUUGUGUUACUUUUUGUUGAAGACUUGUAGAAACAAAAUUCUUUAAAAUACUCUAACCUCCUUUUAAAGGUUUAAUGAUCUGAAUAUUUCGUAGCUUAAAGUAGUUAGGUUUGUUUGAAUUGCAGAAUAUAAAUUGUAUGUGAAAACUAUCCUGUUGGAAAUUGUUUAAUAUAUACUGACGUCCAAAAGGAACUUUACAAUGCUUUGAAUUUGUAUUAUAAAAAAACUAACAAACUGUAUGGUGGGAUUUGAAAAAUGCUGGUAAGGUGGUUUCUAAAUUGAUUCUUUUCGAUUAGCAACAAUAUUUAUCAAAUAAUUCAAAUUUUAUGAAAGUUUCUUUUGGAUGUCAAUAUAGAUAAUUUGCUGGUAAGUGAAAAGAAGAGAGUACAUGUAUGUAGAAUUAAUUUACAUUACAAAUUAAUCUUAAAACAGUAAGUAAUUGUUACAAUUUCUUUUUAUAGGGUUAGUCAGCUAGUAUGUUGAAUCAUCCUAGUAAAAAAAAAAAAAUGUAAAUGAUAUGGAGUAAAUCUGUAGUGAUGUUACAGAUUUGCAGUGUAAUCACAAUAGUUCUCUAUUUUCCAUAGUCAUGGAUAUGGAAAUCAUUUUAAAAUAAAAGCUGAAUUGAUGUUUAAAAAGCUAAAAAACCCACCUAUAUUAUAUCAUACCUGAAUGCAAUUUUUCAGUAUUACAAAUUUUAAUAAAAGUUAAAUCAUAAAAAAAAAAGUAAACCCAAUUAAUACAGUUUGUGAGUCAGAGCUUAAAUAUAGUGCUGGUGUUCUACAAGGUUUUGUCAUAGUUGUAAAUAUAUUUACAAAAGUUGUGAAUUGUUUUUUCUUCUGAAUAUUACAUUUUUUGUUUGUUCAACUCUGAUUAUGGUACUUUUAAUGUGACCUUUAAGAUAACAUAUUUAUUGUAUUUUGAAUUGUACAUGCGCAUGUAUAUGCUUUCCAUAAAGAGUGUGGCAGUUUAAUCCUUUUUAUAGCCACUUUCAAUUUGAAAAAAUUAUAUUUGAAUUUAAAGAGUUAAAAAGUUAACUGUUGUUGUAAUUUCAAUCUAUGAUUAAAUUUUCAUGUUAUGAUGUAUUUCAUUGUGAAAUAAAUUCUACUGAAUACUACCAAU